CGCAAGUGGACAAAGGGUCCUCUCUAAAUGGGAAAUGCAGCGAUGGGCAGCAGCUGCACUGGAGGAGUCAGAUGCAGCAGAGAAAGCCGCGUCAUCGUCAGCUGCGAGAUGCUCCCGUGCGCCUGCCGAUCGCGGGAAAUGAGUCCGCAUCUGCUGUGUUGAUAGUCUUAUUCCUAAAGAGAAUGAUCAGACCAGACGUAGCAUGAAGGAUUGGGGGGAAAGCGAAGAAGAGAGUCAACUGGCCGAUGUCAUCGGGAAACGACGUCAUCCACGUGGGGUUGGACCGUGACGUCACCCUCCCGUCUCCCUCCAACUUGUUGGUUGUUAUACUCUUUCCUUUUUAUCUUUCUAUCUUCCCCUUUCUUCUGCUGGUAUUGCAUCGCAUCGCGUCGCAUCCUGGACCUUGCAUCGCAAAUUUGUUCUGCCACCCGUUAGGAUACCCCUUAGACGAAAUACCCCCGACCGGCUCGCUCAGUAGCCACCCACGAAAGUCUAAUCAGGAACCACAAAGUCAGAUCCAAAGAAACAACACCAACUCAGCUCAGUAAUCACCAAAAAUGGUCGGCUCCAUCCACGAACGCAUUCGCGAAGACCUUAUCGG